AAAACACACACACAAAUUAAUUAAACUCAUUUCUCUAACUAGACACUAUUUCGUCCGUUCCACUAAUGUUGGUGAACAAUUCCACCUAUUUACCUCUCUAUGCACUUGGCUUAUUAGAAAAUCAGGGAUUGUUGUUGAUAUGGAAAUGCCACAUGAAUUUGAAGAUCCGAAUGGAACAAUAGCAAGAAUUUUGAAUUCAAUAAAAGAAGAAAAAGAAUUUGAGAAUUUAAAUAUUCCUCCAAAUAAAUUAAAAUCUGGGGCUGGAAAGCAAUGUGUUCUUCUACUUUUUCAUUUAACUGCAAUUGCCCUUGAAAAAAGUGGUUUUCAAUAUGGAGUAAUGCAGCAGGUAGAGGAUACAGAAGAAAAUAUUCAAGAUGAGGAAAAUCAGGUUGACCAGGCUGAAUUGACUUCGGACCAGUUUGACGAUGAUGUUGAGCUGGCUGAAGACGAGGAUAACCCACUAAUGGAAGAAUUUGACGUUAUUACAGGAGAAGUAGAAACACAAGCAGAUGAAAAUAUUUUUCAAACAGAUCCCCUAAAAAUGAUAAUGCAAAAUGGAACAACUAAAUCACUCGAUUCAAUGCGGGAAGAAUUAGAAAGAGUAACCCCACAAUUGCGUAUAACAAUUAGGGGGACGCAAAAAAAUUGGCAAAUGCAUGCAGAACAAAUAGCUAAAAUGGAAGCAGCGUUGAGUGAACAAUAUGCUGAAUUACAUCCAAUAUUGACCUCUAUGGAUAAAGAAAUUAAUGAUGCGAUGGAAAGGAUUUCGUUGAGAGAACAGAAUUUAAAUGAACAAUUUUCUGGUCUCCUAAACAUCUACAGAACAAAAAAGAACGAGUUGGCUGCAAUUAGCGAACAUUACAAAGAAAGUAGCGUAACAUUGAAUAGCAAAACUGAAACACUUAAAAAUGUAAACGAGGAAAUUGAUGAAUUAAAACAACAAAUUGAAGAACGCGGAACGCAAAAUACAAGUGGAGGUAAAAAACUUGUUUUUAUUAAAAACAUGUUUUGUUUAAACAAACUUGUUUUUCAAACAAACAUGUUUUAA